AUGACCAAAGAUCUGACUUUCGACAUCCGCUACGACAACGAACUCGCCCACGAGUACUAUGGCGACGGCCACAAACUAGCAGACAAGCUUCGUGCCAUCUAUUCCGGUCAAAACUUGAUUAUCCCUAAUGAAUUCGAGUCGACCUUGACCACGCCGCCUAUUCAUUUUAUGUCGGUAACGGGUCCGGAUGAUGUUGAUGUCGAUGACUUGAAGAAAGUCGAGGUUCCUCCUGGACUGAACGUAGAGAUUCUGGACUUUACCAUGUAA